AGCUAUUUUAGCAACAUUACAAGUAUAAAAGAGAGCAAUUCCUAUAGCUUUGGAACCAGUUGCAAUUUAGCCCAGGGUGUUGCCAAGUGUCGGAUACUAUACGCUGAGGACAAAUGGGGGCGUUGUGUAGGCUUACUGCGAUUCGGCGUUUUGAUUGGAUCACGUCUUCUUAUAUAGUCCAAUUGAAAACAAGCUCCCCCUGAGUUUGUACACGAACAUCGAGUUUCUGGGCAUCGCCAUCGAAAUUUCUAUUCUGAAUUCAAGGCGUGCUUUUCAGACGUCGACAAAAAUCAUGGCUUCUUUGCGAGUCGCGAUUAUAGGACAGUCGCAGUUUGGUAUGGAAGUGUAUAAGAAUUUGCGGGCAAAAGGUCAUGAAAUCGUUGGUGUUUUUACCAUCCCAGAUGUUAAAGGAAAGCCCGAUGUUCUGGCCAGUGAGGCAGAAAAAGACGGACUUCAAGUCUUUAAGUUCAAGCGCUGGAGGAACAAAGGGGAACAGAGCACAAUCCCGGAGGUUUUUGAAAAGUACAAAUCGUGCGAAGCAGAAUUAAAUGUUAUGCCAUUUUGUAGCCAAUUUAUUCCAAUGGACGUUAUCGAUUCUCCCAAGCAUGGAUCGAUUAUAUACCAUCCUUCUCUUUUGCCAAGACACAGAGGGGCAUCAGCUAUAAAUUGGACUCUAAUGGAAGGUGACAAACAGGGAGGUUUCACAGUGUUUUGGGCAGAUGAUGGCCUGGAUACAGGUCCAAUUCUAUUACAAAAAAGUGUAGAUAUUGAUCCUAAUGAAACUGUGGAUACCCUUUAUAACCGAUUCCUUUAUCCAGAGGGGAUUAAUGGAAUGGUUGAAGCAGUUGAUCUGAUUUCCGAUGGCAAGGCUCCAAGAAUUGUACAACCUGAAGAGGGUGCAACAUAUGACAAAAUAUGGAAAAAGAAAGAUGUUGCUAAGAUCCAUUGGGACCAACCAGCAGAAAAACUACAUAACUUUAUAAGAGGGAAUGAUAAGCUUCCCGGUGCUUGGUCAAUGAUUGAGGAUGAGCAAGUGACAUUCUACAGUUCUUCUCUUGAAGAAGGUAGCAAUACUCCAGAUGGAAGUUCUGUAAUUGUUGAUGGGUUAGAAAAACCUGCUAUUGUUCAUGCUGGUGGAAUGACAUUAGUUGGAAAUGAUGGGAAAAUGUUAACAGUAAAAGCUCUGGGCCUGGCUAGUGGUAAAAUGAUUCCUGCAGCAAAGUUUGGUCAAGCAGCGGAUGAAUCUGAAGCUUUGGAACUGUCCGAAGAAGAAAAAGAAAUUGAGGAAAAAUUGAAGGUGAUCUGGGCAGGUAUUCUUUCAAACCCAGACAUUGACAACAGUACUGAUUUCUUUGGUGCUGGAGCUGGCUCUAUGGAUGUUGCAAGGCUUGUGGAGGAAGUUAAAGAGAAAUGCAGCAUAUCUUUAGAAACAGAAGAAGUGUAUAUGAAUACAGGGUUUGGCGAUUUUGUUAAGAUGGUUGUCCUAAGUUCACGUGGCGGUGGUCAACAGGAAUUCAAAUGUGAUACAAUCGAUAUGCACAUCAACAAUAUGGACAUCAGGAUGCCACAUCAAGCUUUUAUCAAUGGAAAUUUUGUUGACUCCACUUCAGGAAAAACGUUCAAAACCAUCAAUCCACACGAUGAAUCGGUACUGGGUGAGAUUACGUUUUGUUCAACAGAUGAUGUAGACCUUGCAGUUGCUGCUGCGAAGAACGCGUUUGAAAAAGGCCCCUGGGGACGAAUGAACGCCCGUGAUCGUGGAUCCUUGAUGUACAGACUUGCUGAUUUGAUGGAAGAGCAUAAGGAAGAACUGGCCACUAUUGAAUCGCUGGAUGCUGGAGCUGUGUAUACCUUGGCUUUAAAAACACACGUGGGAAUGUCUAUAGACACAUUCAGAUAUUAUGCUGGAUGGUGCGAUAAAAUACAGGGCGUCACAAUACCCAUCAACCACAGUCGUCCCAGCAAGAAUCUUUCUUAUACCAAACGAGAACCUUAUGGCGUGUGUGCAUUGAUCGUGCCAUGGAAUUAUCCUUUGAUGAUGUUAGCCUGGAAGAUGGCGCCACUCUUGGCUGCAGGAAAUACAGUCGUGUUGAAACCUGCUCAGGUAACACCAAUGACGGCACUGAAAUUUGCAGAGCUCACAGUCAAGGCCGGCUUCCCUCCAGGAGUCAUCAACAUCCUGCCUGGAUCAGGUUCCUUGAUCGGAAACUACAUGUGUGAUCAUCCUGAUAUCAGUAAAGUGGGUUUUACUGGUUCAACUCCUGUUGGCAAAACUAUCAUGUCGAAUUGCUCUCCCUCUCUUAAACGAGUUCAGUUGGAACUUGGUGGUAAAUCACCCUUGAUCAUUUUCUCAGACGCUGACAUGGAACGAGCUGUGCGCCAGGGUCUCAUGGCUUGCUUUUUCAACAAAGGAGAGAAUUGUAUCGCCGCAGGUCGGCUGUUUGUUGAAGACGCGAUCCACGACGAAUUCGUGGCAAAAGUGGUAGCUGAAGUGAAGAAGAUGAAAAUUGGCAAUCCUCUUGACCGAUCAACUGACCACGGGCCACAGAAUCAUAAGUCUCAUCUUGAUUCUCUUUUGUCUUACGUGGAGACUGGGGUCAAGGAGGGGGCUACUUUGGUAUAUGGAGGGAAGCGAGUUGAUACACCUGGUUGGUACAUGGAACCGGCUGUGUUUACUGAUGUCCAGGAUGGAACUUUCAUAGCUAAAGAAGAGUCCUUUGGCCCGGUUAUGGUCAUAUCAAAGUUUGAUAAUGGGGACGUUGAUGGUGUGAUAAAACGAGCGAAUGCGACAGAGUAUGGUCUGGCUUCUGGAGUGUUUACCAAAGAUUUAAGCAAGGCUCUGAGGGUGUCUGAUGGACUGGAGGCCGGGACGUGUUUUGUUAAUUGCUACAACAAAACUGAUGUCGCUGCUCCUUUCGGUGGUUUUAAGCAAUCUGGCUUUGGAAAAGAUUUAGGCGAAGAGGCGUUAAACGAAUAUCUGCGAACAAAAGUGGUAACAGUUGAGUAUUAGAAUAUAGAAAAUGCUCCAAAUAAAACGGUAAUAUAAUUCUCGUAGUUUUAUUCUAAAAUUUUGAAACAAUAUUAAUGUAUCAAAGAUACGAAUCAUAACAUAUCCAGGAAUUGAUAUUUUAGGCUAACAUAUAUUGUAUGCCAUUUAUAUAUAAAUCUUCUAUGCGAACUCUUCAUAUGGUAGAUAUAACAGUGUAAAAGUAUAUGCAUGCAGUGAAUCUAUGGUAUAAAUGCAUUGGUUUCGUUCUAUAUUGACAGUUCUUUUGUGACAACUUUAUGGUGUGUCCUCAUAUGCCGCGGAGUGUUCUUCCAAAACGAAAUCUGUUUUCUGUUUUGGAGACAAGCUUUGGAUAUCAUUUGCCCGCCAUUAUAGAAAUCAAAACAGAUUGCGCAAAAAAAUAUUUGAUGUUCGUGUAAAAAGUUUUCUUUCACGAGGAAGAUUUAGGAAAUUACAACGUCAUGCUUCUAUUAAUUACCUUCAAGCACUAAGUACCCUAUAAUAUAGGAAGUGCCUGUAAGGUUUUCCGUUUAUCGCAGU